CAGAGCAACCACGGGUGGCCAGGUUCCCAAAUAGAUUGUUCACACUAUAAAUUCAAUCUACGCUGAGCAGCCCUGAUAGGCAUCGGAUAGCUAAGCAAUACUUCGAACACUGCCAUACCCCAGCAUAUACUCGGUGAACAAAUUGCUCGCAGUAUGCAGGGCCAAUCCAGUUCGCCAACGACAGCGGAUGACCUGAGUCCAUCGUCGUCGCUCUCUGAGAUGCGGUUGUGCGAAAGCAACUCCGAAAGCAGCGCAUCGCCAUCCCAGCUAAGUGACACGCAGUCUAUCUCCGAGGCCAUAGAGGACGUGUCACCCUCAGGGGCUGAUGACGGCUUGCGCACCUUGCCGUCACUUAAGGCUACCGUGCCCUCUGUGGACGCGUAUGCCUUUCCUCCGCAGACGAAGGGUGAGGGGUGCGUUGAGAGGUCACAUUCACACUCAGGUGUGGGUGAUGAGAGUGUUGGAGGAAUCUCUGAUACUGGACUGUAUUUGGCCACACCAACCGCAAGUGGGCUGGACGCACUCGCCAGCUGUCCUGACCAGGCAAAGAUACCACAAACGACAGACGAGCCUGAGUUCCCCAUUACACCUGACAAAACUGAUAUGGGAACCCCACCGGAGAACAUGCGCGCAAGCAGCACACCACUCAGAGAUGUCACUGUGGGCGAUUACAUGAUCACAGAGCUUCCAUUGAUCGCACCCACAAGUACCGCUACUACGGACAGUAUUCCAGCCAGCUCAGCAAUACUCUCAAGUACUGCUACGUCACAGGAGAGAAUACUGCCAAAUCAGAGCCUGCAACAAUUCUCCGAUGAGACUCCGGGCGUGUGCAGCACCGACACCACAAAUGGCGCCUCGAAUGGGCGUUCCACCGCGAGCACAUUGUUGGUAACAGACAAUGGUCAGGAGGUGUCUGGGGGCGAUGCGAGGGCAGACACUCAGCUUGACUUAGACUCAAGUGAAGAGAUCAGCACUCCAUCAGCUAGUUCCGACGAGGAGAUGAGUGGAUACGAGCUGAAAAUAUUGGGAAUACCCACCAACGGCAUCAGGACACGUGUGGAAACGCAGAUCAAUCUGUGUCUGGAGUUGGUUGCAACGGAUGGUCGGCCGUUGUUUGAGAAGUUGCAUAUCGAUCAGAGACUUGUGAGCAAAACCUCGCAGAUGGUAGGUUGCUACUUCGCCAUGGCUGUGGUAUUUCAAUAG